GGCCGGUCAAGUCAAACCAAACGCCCAACUCCAACUCCAACCCAAUCCUCACCCAAAUCCAAACUCCCAAGUCCCAACAACCAUGGCCGCAGCCGGCGACGACGACCUCCAGCUCCAGCACGCCGCCGUGCCGAUCCCGUGCGUGACCCUGAACACGGGCCACGCCAUGCCGGUGCUGGGCUUCGGCACCGGCUCCUCGCGCGCGCCCGCCGACCUGCCGGACACCAUCGUUCACGCCGUCCGCCUCGGCUACCGCCACCUCGACACGGCCGCCAUGUACGGCACCGAGCCGGCCGUGGGCGUUGCCGUUGCCGAGGCCGUCCGCUCAGGCGCCGGCGGGAUCUCCUCGCGCGAGGACCUCUUCGUCACCUCCAAGCUCGGGAUCCCCGACGCGCGCCCGGGCCGCGUCGUGCCGGCGCUGCGCGAGUCCCUGGGCCGCCUCGGCGUCGACUACCUGGACCUCUUCCUCGUCCACUGGCCCGUCGCCGGCGACAACCCCGCGGACAAGAGCACGCACACGGAAUUCGACAUGGAGGGCGUGUGGCGCGGCAUGGAGGAGUGCCACCGCCUGGGCCUGGCGCGCUCCGUCGGCGUCAGCAACUUCUCGGCCGCCAAGAUGGAGCGGCUGCUGGCGCUCGCCGCGGUGGCGCCGGCCGUGAACCAGGUGGAGCUGAACGUGGGGUGGAGGCAGGAGAAGGUGCGGGAGGUGUGCGCGAGGCACGGCGUGGUCGUGGCCGCCUACUCGCCGCUGGGCGCGUACGGCGCCUCCUGGGGCUCGGACGCCGUCAUGCACAGCGGCGUCAUGCACCACGUCGCCGCCGCCAAAGCCAAGACCGUGGCCCAGGUGGCGUUGAGGUGGGUGUACGAGCAGGGCGUGUGCUUUGUGGCCAGGAGCUUCAACAAGGAGAGGCUCAAGCACAACAUGGACAUCUUUGUUGAUUGGGAGCUGAGCGAUGAGGACAAAGCGAUGAUCGCCACGAUACCGCAAAAAAGGGCGUGCCAGGGGGACUACUUUGUGUCGCCUGACGGACCUUACAAAUCACUCGAGGAGCUGUGGGACGGCGAGAUAUGAAUGAAUGAUCACUCCACUCCAAUAUGUCUACACCCUCUGUACCAAAAUACUUGUAAUUGGGCAAAAACUAGUACGAGUUUCCUCAACAACAAGUAUUCUGGUACAAAGGAAGUAGUAUCUAUUUUGCGAUUAGUGAUCAAGCAUUGCCUCGCUUGUCCACUUCUUAGGAGCUGGGGGAUGUUGAGAUAUGAUAAUAUAUGUAUCUAUUUGUGAUUACUAUUCAAAUAUUGCAAUACCAUUUUAAUGAACGGU